AGUUCAAAUUGUUAGGAAUGCAAAAGGAAAACAAAAGAGGAAAGAAAAGGAGACAAAGAACCAUCUGUCUCAGAGACGCACACGUGGGGGGAGCCAGGAUGUAUAAAUGGGGGGCCAGGACACAGCGGAGACACAGACACCCAGGGAAGUUGCCUUGCUGUGCCCUGGAGUCCCAGGUGUUCCUGUCCAGCAUGGCCAAGCACCCGCUGCUGCUACUGUUAACCGUGUGGGUGCUGGCUGGGGAGCUGUGGCUGAGGACUGAGGCCCGGGCGUCACCCUUCGGAGUGAAACUUUGUGGCCGGGAAUUCAUCCGGGCGGUCAUCUUCACCUGCGGGGGCUCCCGGUGGAGACGGGCGGACGUCCUGGCUCCUGAAGCUACAGAUGCGGACUCGGACACAGACAGUGAGCUGGAUGAGGCAGUAGCCUCCAGCGAGUUGUUGGCCAUGACCAAGUACCCCCUGGCUUCUUAUGGGGGCCGACCUGGCUGGCAGGGAACUCCGGGGACUCUGCGUGGUGGCCGUGAUGUCGUGGCAGGCCUCUCCAGCAACUGCUGCAAGUGGGGGUGCAGUAAGAGUGAAAUCAGCAGCCUGUGCUAGACCAGUGACUGGGGCGGCCAGGGGCCCAGGGGCCAGCGGGGCACCCAUCUCUGGCCUCUCAUGCAGUCAUUCAUCAGCAAGUCAGGUUAGGCACUGUGCUCUUGUACACAGUUGCCCCUAAAUGACCCUGACCUGUGACCAGCCUGACCCUGAGCAAACUGCCCCUACCUGGCCCAAUGGGAACCUCUGAUCCUGACCCCUGACCUCUCCCCAGGCCAUCUCAUGCCUUUUCCUGGCCUAUACUGUUCCCUGCUGCAAUGGUGCCCCUACUCUACCCGCACUGAUCUACCCACAUCCAGACCUUUGCCCAAACGGAUUCUCUCUUGACACAACUGCGGCCACUGUCUCCUGACCAGCCCAAAUUAUGUUCCUGCUCCUUUCCAGCCUUUGCCCGCUGCUUUCUCCCUGCUUUCCAGCCCCUCCCUUCCAACCCCACCCGCUGGGGUUCUAAAGCAGGGGACCCUCGAACUGGCAGUGGGAGCCCUGGGUUCCCUUCACAUCCUGGGGUGG